GAUUCCAGACAUAGUUGCCUCUGAGCAAACUACUCGAAGCCCGACAGCUCCCGUCAACGCUUUCACUUCUAGGCUGCUUAAGUUGACCUGCAUUGUUACCUAUUUCAAGCAAAUCCAAUGCAAAGCUCUACAAUAUCUGGGGCGGGCCCAGGCCCAGGCUCCAGCUCGGCGCUAAACCCUUUCAGCAACAUCCUCGCGCUCGCGCAGCAAAGCGGGCUUAGGCGACCGCACACUGCUGCUGAAGCGCCGGCUGCGCUAAGAGCUGCCAGCGACUAUGUGCUGCAAGCGUCUGAGUGGCACGACGUGAAAUGCCGUGUCGACACGCUCCAAGCACACAGGAGCGUACCUGCGGCCGCCUCCGUCACUACACAGCAAGCGCUGUGCAAGCAGCUACAAACUGCCAACGCCAACUUCCGCACCAUUGUGGCCGACCAGCAAGAAAUUGCGAACAGGGUUCGUGCGCUCAAGGCGCGCGAGUGCAUCCCCGUGGAGCGGCAGCACCAGGCCGCCGUGGCGGCGCUGCUGCGCGCGGUGUUCGCUGCCGCGCCGCAGCUGCAGCAGCUGUACGAGGACGUGGCAUGGGCGCUGUCCUCCGCCGCCGCCGAGCCCGGCGCCGCCUGGGAGGACCGGCUGCAGCCGCUGGUGGCGGCGGCGGGCGCCUGCGGCGCCUACCAGUCGGGCCUGGCGGCACAAGAGGCGCUGCUAAGCAAGCUGAUGGAGGCGGCGGCGGCGGUGGCACCGGCAGGAGGGGCACUGGAGGAGCAGCGGGCGGUGCGGUAGGCGGAGCCGCGUUGGCGGCGGCUGCCUUUUAGCCGCACAGGCGCACCGACGGCGCCGGCGCCGGACUCUGCAGCGGCGCUGCUUUGCUGCGGCGGCGGCGACGGCCCUGUCGCCGCCGCGCCCUUGCCCUUGCAUGAUGUGACGGCGGCUGCCGCCGCCGCUGCGGCCUGUUGCGCCUGCUGGCGGCUGGCGGCUGCGUCGCGGUACCAGGGGGCGCGAAUGGGCUUGCUGGCCUGCAGCUGCGCCUUGACCAGCUCCCGCACCUGCCCCUCGUCCAGCGACGGCUCCUGGAAAAUUCAGUGGAGAGCGUGAGGGUUUUGAAGAGGGAGGCGCGGGACGAGAUGGCCGAGAGGAGAGGGGCGAUUUGAGGAGGGGUGAGAGGAGGCA